AUGGAGGCGGCCCACAGCCUCCCGGUGCUCGACGUGCUCCGCCGCUUCGGGGUCAGCGAGAGCUGCGGGCUCAGCCCCGAGCAGGUCCGCCGCCACCGCGAGAAGUACGGCCCCAAUGAGCUCCCUGCAGAAGAAGGAAAGUCCCUCUGGGAGUUGGUGCUGGAGCAGUUUGAAGAUCUCCUCGUCCGCAUCCUUUUGAUGGCAGCUUUUCUGUCCUUUAUCCUGGCCUGGUUUGAGGAAGGAGAGGAGACCACGACGGCGUUUGUGGAGCCCAUUGUCAUCAUUAUGAUCCUGAUCGCCAACGCCGUGGUGGGCGUGUGGCAGGAGAGAAACGCCGAGAGUGCCAUCGAGGCCUUGAAGGAGUACGAGCCCGAGAUGGGGAAGGUGAUCCGGGCUGACCGCAGCGGGGUGCAGCGGAUCCGCGCCCGGGACAUUGUCCCCGGGGACAUCGUGGAGGUGGCAGUUGGUGACAAGGUGCCAGCGGACAUCCGGGUCAUCGAAAUCCGUUCCACCACCCUGCGGGUCGACCAGUCCAUCCUCACAGGGGAGUCUGUAUCGGUGAUCAAACAUGCUGACCCCAUCCCUGACCCUCGGGCUGUCAACCAGGACAAGAAGAACAUGCUUUUCUCUGGCACCAACAUCGCAGCUGGGAAGGCCGUGGGGGUCGUCAUUGCAACAGGGGUGUACACCGAGAUCGGGAAGAUCCGAAACCAGAUGGUGGAGACCGAGCCCGAGAAGACGCCCUUGCAGCAGAAGCUGGACGAGUUCAGCCAGCAGCUCUCCAAGGUGAUCUUCCUGGUGUGCAUCGCCGUCUGGGUCAUCAACAUCAGCCACUUCAGCGACCCCGUCCACGGCGGCUCCUGGUUCCGGGGGGCCAUCUACUACUUCAAGAUUUCGGUGGCGCUGGCGGUGGCCGCCAUUCCCGAGGGCCUCCCGGCCGUCAUCACCACCUGCCUGGCGCUGGGCACGCGCCGCAUGGCCAAGAAAAACGCCAUCGUCCGGAGCCUGCCCUCGGUGGAGACCCUGGGCUGCACCUCCGUCAUCUGCUCCGACAAGACCGGCACCCUCACCACCAACCAGAUGUCCGUCUGCCGGAUGUUCAUCAUGGAGAAGGUGGAGGGCAACCAGUGCAGCCUGCACGAGUUCAGCAUCACCGGCUCCACCUACGCCCCCGAGGGACAGAUCCUGAAGGAUGAGCAGCCAGUGCAGUGUGGGCAGUACGACGGGCUGGUGGAGCUGGCCACCAUCUGUGCCCUCUGCAACGACUCCUCGCUGGACUACAAUGAGGUACAGGGGGUCUAUGAGAAGGUGGGGGAAGCCACUGAAACAGCCCUGACGUGCCUGGUGGAGAAGAUGAACGUGUUCAACACGGACCUCAGCAAACUCUCCAAGGUGGAGAGAGCCAACGCCUGCAAUUCGGUGAUCAAGCAGCUGAUGAGGAAGGAGUGCACCCUCGAGUUCUCCCGUGACCGCAAGUCCAUGUCUGUGUACUGCACACCCACCAGCCCUGGCAACAACUCCACUGGCAGCAAGAUGUUUGUCAAGGGCGCCCCGGAAAGUGUGAUCGAGCGCUGCACCCACGUCCGUGUGGGCACUGCCAAGGUCCCGCUGACGGCCCCGGUGCGGGAGAAGAUCCUGGGCAGGAUCCGGGACUGGGGCAUGGGCAUCGACACGCUGCGGUGCCUGGCCCUGGCCACGCUCGACUCGCCCGCCCGCAGGGAGACCAUGCAGCUGCACGACUCCGCCGCCUUCGUCCACUACGAGAACAACCUGACCUUCGUGGGCUGCGUGGGGAUGCUGGACCCUCCCCGCAAGGAGGUCACCUCGUCCAUCGAGAUGUGCCGCAAGGCCGGCAUCCGCGUCAUCAUGAUCACCGGCGACAACAAGGGCACGGCCGUGGCCAUCUGCCGCCGGAUCGGCAUCUUCUCGGAGACCGAGGACGUGUCUGGCAAAGCCUACACGGGCCGGGAGUUCGACGAGCUGUCCCCCGAGGCGCAGCGCCAGGCGUGCCGCCACGCCCGCUGCUUCGCCCGUGUGGAGCCCGCGCACAAGUCCCGCAUCGUCGAGUACCUCCAGUCCUUCAACGAGAUCACCGCCAUGACGGGUGACGGGGUGAACGACGCCCCGGCCCUGAAGAAAGCGGAGAUUGGCAUCGCCAUGGGGUCGGGCACGGCCGUGGCCAAGACGGCCUCGGAGAUGGUCCUGGCCGACGACAACUUCUCCACCAUCGUGUCGGCCGUCGAGGAGGGCAGAGCCAUCUACAACAACAUGAAGCAGUUCAUCCGCUAUCUCAUCUCCUCCAACGUCGGGGAGGUCGUUUGCAUCUUCCUGACGGCCAUCCUGGGCUUGCCCGAGGCCCUCAUCCCUGUGCAGCUGCUGUGGGUGAACCUGGUGACGGACGGGCUGCCGGCCACCGCGCUGGGCUUCAACCCCCCCGACCUGGACAUCAUGGAGAAGCAGCCCCGCAACCCCAAGGAGCCCCUCAUCAGUGGCUGGCUCUUCUUCCGCUACCUGGCCGUCGGAGUGUACGUGGGCCUGGCCACGGUGGGAGCAGCGACCUGGUGGUUCCUGUACGACGCCGAGGGACCACAGGUCUCCUUCCAUCAGCUGAGGAACUUCAUGAGGUGCACUGAGGACAACCCCAUCUUUGAAGGAAUCGACUGUGAGAUCUUCGAGUCCCGAUACCCAACCACGAUGGCUCUGUCUGUGCUGGUGACAAUCGAAAUGUGCAACGCUCUGAACAGUGUCUCUGAGAACCAGUCGCUGCUGCGGAUGCCACCGUGGCUCAACAUCUGGCUGCUGGGGGCCAUCAUCAUGUCCAUGGCUCUGCACUUCCUCAUCCUCUACGUCAAGCCCAUGCCUCUCAUCUUCCAGGUGACCCCCCUGAGCUGGCCGCAGUGGGUGGUCGUGCUGAAGAUCUCCCUGCCCGUGAUCCUGCUGGACGAAGGACUCAAGUACCUUUCCCGCAACCACCUGGACGGAGAAGAGGACAAGAAAUGAAUGACACAAAGGCAACACUCUGAACUAAAGGAUCCCUAACUUGUAACUCGGACUGAAGUCUUGCAUGUGUGACCAUCACUAGAAGCCAGCAGGACAUGCAUGUGUCCGACUAUCAGACAAAUGCGGGUGAAUCGUCGAAAAGAAAAAUACUGAUUUUGUUUUGUUUCGUAGCUUUCUUUCUCCUGUACAUACGAGUGCAAUUACUGGACAGCUGGCGUUGGGUUUGGGGAUGGAGCUGUGUGGACCUGGGUCGUUGCAACGCGGUUCCUUGGGGAUUUGUUCCUGCCAAAUUUGAGAUCCUCUUUCCAAUUUUCGCCCUCGCCGGGUGAGCUCAGGCAGGGCAUCCUCCACGAAGGGGGGCAGUCGGGAUUUUGGGCGCAGAUGGGAGGCUGCAUCCCCCAAGGGGAUGGGGUGAACGAGGGCAGCUUCUGGGGCCAGAAAGGGCUUGGCAGUGGGUGAGGGCAGGGAGAGAGGUGAGGGGGUCGUGUGUUGGGGUCUCUGACCCUUGAUGAUUUCAUCACUGCUGCUCUGCUGGCCCACUCCGGUGGCCAGAGAGUCUGGGAAUACCUUCAGAGUGUGCCCGACAGUGGUGUGGAUCUCACAGACGUGUGUUUGUACAUUGAGAUCAGGUGCCUGUGGUGGAAGGCAAAGUUCUCCCUAUUUAUCGUGCUGUCCUGUUUGAUCCCUGCGUUGUGGAAAGCCCAGCACCUUCUCAGGCUCAUCCAACACCAAAGCAUGACGUAGCCUUGUCUGUCCUUCUCCAUCCCACGUCUUCUUACAUCCCAUCUGCACUAUAUGAACCACCCUCCUCCUCGUAGGGGCAGCCAUGUAAAGCAAAGCAUGGGGACACCCACCUUUGCAUUCCUCAUGUCCACCACUCCCUCCUGGUCACACUUUCAUCCCUCAGUGGAUUUUUAACUACUUCCCUAGCAGGAGUAGAGCUUAAGUCUUUAGGAGCGUGUCCAUGACUUCGUGUCCUCUGCUUUGGAGAACAUCACUGUCUUGCACAGGGCAUCCUUGCCAAGGGAUCAAGAUGGGAAUGAAUGUAUGCUUGUACAUAACGUGGUCUUUCUCCAUGGGUGGUGUUUGUUGUGGCAUCCCUUUUUGUGAGGCACCAAGUUUAUUUUGCCCUCUUGGGAUUUUUCCGCAGCAGGAGCAAGACAGGCUGCAGUGAGGGUUGGUAGAUCAGGAGUGGGUUUGGGAUCCAGUGAAUUGAUCUGUCUCCAUCAAACCACAUCAGCUGAGAAGCUGAGAGUGGGUGGUUUCUUCUCCUGCUCUCCAAAUCCUCCCUCCUGUUUUCCUCAUGGUCCCCUAUGAUCCAUCCUGAUAAUAUUUAACUAGCCAGAGCCUUUCCUUUCUCUUACAUUCCAGCAGCAGCACUAGAGCCAGGGUUUGGGGUAGCAUUUUGCUCCUUUGCUGUUGGGUUUUUUCUUCUACUUUUUGCCUCUUAAAAGCUUCCAGUGCUUUUCUGUUUCACCUGGGCAAGAGCUACUCUUCUUCUGUACAGUAGGUGCCAAAUAUCAUCCCUCCUUUCUUUUCUCCAUCACCAGCAUUGAAGAUGAGCAGAGCCCCCAGACCAAUGGGAAUGUACAGAAUUGUUAUACUACUGAGCUGAUUUAUUGUACAGAAAACCUUGCAUGAAAUGUUGUUACUGUAUUUAAUAUAUAAUGUAUUCAAGGAAUUUUAAUAUGGAGCUCUUUAAAAAGAUCUUUAUAGAUACUCUGUGGUUAGAAGAUUGUUGCUGAUUUUUUUUUUUAAAUCUUAUUAUACUUUGUCUUGAAGAAGUUUUAUUUUUCAAAUGUGUUCUGUCUAAUUGAUUUAAUUAGUUGAUCCCAUGGGACAACCAGUUCCUCUUCAAAGAUUUUCACCGUGGAUGAGGUUCACCCUGGUGCAGAGGACCAGGGCAUGACCCAGGUACUGCUCAAGCCUUCAAGAUAAGGCUUCAGUAAGACUAAUGCUGUAGACGUGUGAUUUGCCUUUCCCCAAAAGGGUGGAUUUCACCUUAUUUUAGUACACAAUAGAAUUGUUUAGGUUGGAAAAGUUGUCCAAGAUGACUGAGUCCAGUUCCAUCUCUCUGUGCAGAAAAAUAACCAGUGGGAAUUUAAUCCAGUACCAGCUCGAGGACAUCAGAGGAAACAGCUUCUGUGUUUCCCUGAGGCUGAAAACCAGUUUGGGAGAGUCUGGUCUGGAUUCAGAGGCCAGACUGGAUUCAGAGCAUCCCAGCCCUAUUGGGAGGGUCCAGCAAAGCUUUCAGCUGCCCGAUGGCAUCUCCCUGGGACAUUGUGCCUGCAGGAACCUGCUUGGGCCAUCCAUUGCACCUCCUGAGUUAACAGUGUUUUCCCUGGACUUGAGGUGUGCUGGGGGAUUAUUAAUUUUAUCCAAAUUUGUGUAUGUGUGUGUGUGUGGAGGAGUUCCUGGUGUAAAAGCCUGGGCAGGGUCAGUCUGUUCAUGCAGUCGUUGGGUCGCAGUUGUGAGUCACCAAACCCUGAGCCUUCGUGGGCAGCAAACCAGAGCUGGGUCCCAGCCAAAGGCUUGUUCUUUCCAGCAGCAACAAAUUCAGUUUGGUUUCUAUUGUGAGCCUUCAGAUCUACCUAGAAAAUAGCACAGGUAACCUGCAGGAGUCCCCCUUGCUAGGAGGGACCAUUUUGUCACAUCAUUUCCCUUUCUGAAUGGCUGAGCACAUCUCUCUUCCCCCCAUCCUUUAAUUACUUGGAAUACAGGUUUCACUCCAUUCUCUUUGAUUACAGAGGCUUAUACUUCAAAUAUCUUAAUGAUGUAGAAAAGUAUCCAGUGAUGUAAUUAUUUUUUCUUUUAUUCUUCAGUGAAGGGUCAGGGCAAAUCACAGAGUAGUUAUUUAUUGCAUGUGUGCCACCAACAGCCCGCUGGGCUGGACCAUGUUCUUGUGGAAACAUGGAGAUCCUAAAGCCAAGACCAUCACUUAGGGAUCAGGUCUUGGGUCUUACCAAGGCAUCUAAACGUGCAAUACAAGGGAGAUGGGCUCUGGGUGGCUGCUUUGCCCAGGAGUUUGUUAAAAAAAGCAGCUUGGAGGCAAACCUCUGGGCUCCUUGCUUUUUUUGGCAACAGAGUUUAGGAAUUAUUUCCUUUUUAGUUUUAUUUUGAUGGUGCUGCCUGGCAUAUUCGAAGGCUUUAAAUAAAACUUAGGUCUUUCCAGCAAGACCUCUAACAUCGGUGGGCUGCUGUGGCAGAUCCUCCACGAGGUGCAGGGCAUAGGAUGUGCUGGGGUGGCAGCAUGGGAUUAUCCAUGAGCACUUUAUACUCCUUCCUCAGGGGCCAAGCACCGUGCUGGGGUACAGCCAAGGUGGGUGGGGAGGGUCCCGUGUCCCCGGGGCAAACACCCAGCGGAUCAGCUUUGGGCAGCAGCUGUGGAAAGUCUUUUGUACUGUUUUGGGAUGUUGUGUCAUUGUGGGCAGUUGCUGGGUGAGCUCUUCCCCCUGUGGUGUGUGAUCCCGUGGGGAGGCAGGUUGGAAAAGGAAAAAGAGCAAAGUAGUGCAUCCUGUGUUUUUUUUGUGUUGUGUGGCCGCCGUAGGGCUCAGGGUGUGGAUGAGGUUUGGGAUUUGUGUGUUUGAGGCUUUGGCAUUGGGAAGAUGCCCUGUGUAUGUUUCUGAUGCCAAGGCUGGAUGGUACCACCAGGCUCUGGAGAGGUCAGCUGGAAGGACAGGCUCUACUGGAGGGGACUUUGUUCCUGUAAAAACAUCAAACCUGGGAUGGAACCAGAGUUUCUGCUCACGGCGUGGAUGGUAGAAGUAGCUGGAGGAGCAAUAGGAAAAUUCAGCAUUAAUUUUUGUUUCUUCUUUUGUACAUCAGGCUGAUAGUGCUGCUCCCCAGACAGGGUCCUGCUCCACCAAAACUCCUCAAAUAAUUGCUGUGCAGGGGCUCAGGCUGAGAGAUGUUCAUGAGGUUGUGACCUUGGCAUCACAUAACUCCUGAACCUCAAACACACCAGAGUCCCCAAUACCAACUCCUAAGACUUAUUGUGAUUUUUGGACCAUGCCUGCCAUGGCCACCACCUUCUAUAAAUGAUGCCAGAGAUUCAGGCCCACCUGAGUUGGUUUUUUCCCCCAGUUCUGCAGUGGCAUUUUCUGUCAGGGGAAACAGUGUGGACUCAGGUUUUUGAGACCAAGGAGGCGGCUUCACCCCGUGCAGAGCUUGCAUGGCAAGGUUAGGGAUAGGGUUUGCAGGGCUGAAGAAAGGGAAACACAGGGUGAAUUGUGCUCCCUGGACUUUUCCUCAUGGUGCCAUUCAGCUUUUGGUCUGGGUGGGGCAUUAAAUGAGCCAAAAUCUGUGUGUGCCUGGAGUGAUGGAGCCGUGGGUACCUCAGGGGGCAGGUCAGUCCAGGCACUUGGGACCAAGAGGAGGGUGACCACUGAGCUGCCAGGGGGUGCCCUCAGUGGCUUGGGUCUGGGAAUAUGUUGAUUAUUUUUUAUAUGAGUUGCCUGAACAGCCAAAUCUAGAAAUCUCUGAGUUCGUGCUCUGUAGCAAAAGAUAAAUCAUUAUAUCUUGGGGGGAGGUGGGAGGGUGUUAACUGAGGGACAGAACUGAAAGAAAUGAGGUUUCCUAUUUUAUUAUACGAGAGAUAUUUUUCCACUAAAUUACUGCUUCCUAAAUCGUGUCCUUUGUCUGACUGUAAAUAGCCAGGUGUGCCGGGAAGACGUGGGAAGGCUCCUCGUGGUCACAUCCAUACAAUCCACUCUGUUCACACAAUAUUGGGCUGAUUUGUUUUAUACUUAGAAAAUUACAGAAAUAAAAGCGAUUUUACUGGA